AUGUCUGCUUCACUGAAUAAAAGAUUAUUUUAAUGUUAUUAAUUAUCAAAUUAUCUAACUAUCUAUUUAUCUAGAUUUAAUUAAGAGCAAAAACAAAUAAAUAAAUAAACAAACAAACAAAUAAAAUAAUAGCAAAAAUCAAACAAUUAAUUAAAUGUAAGUAGAAAAUAAAAAAAUAAGUUAAAGAAUGAACUAAAAAAUAUUAACUUUGUAAAGCAUUUUAUCAAUAAUAAUUCUCAAAUUUUGUAAUUGCAGUAAAAUAUUUAUAAUUUUAAGUACUUCUUAAUAAUAUUUAUAAUAUUUUAUAUAGUAAUUGAUUAUCCAGCAUUGACAAUAGAUGGUUUUAACAUUGCUAAGUUUAAAGAUGAUUACAAUUUGUUUGAUUGCACUUACUCUCAAGAUGAUACCUAAUUUUUUAGGUCUUAUUUAGGAUAAUUUACUUGCUAGAAUGAUGGAGUUAAAUCUAAAAAUAAUGCUUUAUUUAAAAUAGAUAUCCAAGUACCAUAUUAUAGAAGCUCAGUAUCAUUUGAUAUGAUAUAUAUGUAAGCUCUAAACAAUUAAAAAAUAGAAGUUAAAAUUGAUGACACAAGCUAAGUACCUAUAUUAUUUGAUUAGAAAAGUAAAUUAAUAGCUAAUUGUAAUAAAGCUAGCAAUAGAUUAUUAUAGGCAUUUGAUUAUAAAAAUUAUAUCUAAAAUUAAAGAUUCUUACAAAUAAACACAAAUCAAGAAAAAUCAUUUUCUAGUGAUGACCUGCUCAUCCAGCAAUAUUAUUCUGGAUAAUAUUCAUUCAAUGGUUAUACAAAGUAGAAAAUUGUAAGUUUUUAAGAGUAAUGCUAGGAUUAGAGCUAUUUUCGCCUAAUGUCACUUCAAAUUUCAUUAAAUACUUGUCAUCCUACUUGCUUUGAGUGUAGUGGGCCAAGCGAGUCUAAUUGCACGAAAUGUUAUGAAAAUAAUCCAUAAAGCGGAAAAUGCUCAUGUUCUGACCCUAAAAAGGUAUUAUAUAAAGGUUAGUGCUCUGAUUCAUGUGAUCAAUCUGAAUAUUGGUUCUAGUUUAAUAAUAUUUGCAUUUUUUCUAAAUAUUGCAGCCUUUGGGAUAGUUUUAAAGGAGUUUGUUUAAAAUGUGAGAAAAAUAUGCCAAUAUUCUAAGGUUAAUGCAUUGAAGAUUGUCCUACUUCUUAUACAAAAGCUAAUAUUUCAACUAGACCAUAUUGCUAAUUUAACAUAGAAGAUAUUUAAGGAGAAUUUCUUUUUCAAGGACUGAUCACAAAUGAUUUUUCGAUUUUAGAGAUACAAAAUCUUGGGUUUCAGUGGUCUGGAUUUAACUUCUAAAAUUAAUCAAAUGGUGGCAUAGUUUCUAAGUGCAAUACUUUCUAGCUCUUUGGGGGAUUUUUUUUAAAUGUAUUUAAAAGCGAAAUAUAAAUUUCUUUUACAAACAACAAAAAGUACAAAAAAUUUAAAUUAGCAUUCAAGUAUAUAGCAAUCGAUAUUCCUGAUUAAGCAGAAGACUUCACUAUCGCUAGUGUUUCUGUAAAUAAUGGGAAAAAAGUGGUUGAUGUUAAUUAUUAAAAAUCUUCUGACUAGAACUCUCCAAACAUUUGUGGAAUGAAUCAAAUUGAUAAAAUGGGAGAAUUUUUAGAUUCUUUUGACAUAGAUUCAAAAAGUGAAAGCACUCAAAUUAAGAUCACUAAUCUGUCUCCUUAAUCUUACUUUGGCAUAAGAGAAAUUUUUGCUUAUGCAUACAAUUGCGAAUUACCAAAAUGUAUCAGCUGUUUUAAUUAAAAUAUGUGCACUUAAUGUAUGGAAGGUUAUUAUACUGUUAAAGUCAAUAAUGAUAUGAGCUGUAAAAAAUGCUCUUCAAAUUGCUUAACUUGUAAGGAUUCUCCUACAUCCUGUGUUACCUGUGCUGUAAAUAUGUACUUAGAUAAAGGUGUUUGCAAAUGCAAUUAGAAUUAUCAGAUGGAUCCAAAUACUUAGAGGUGUUUUAAAUGCUAAGACUAAUAAAAAUGCUCAGUUUGCUUACCUGAAAACGAUAAUGCUUGCUCUGAAUGUUAAAAAGGCUUUUUUCUUCUAGGAUAGAAAUGUGUUGAUGAUUGUGGACCUAACUACUUUAAAAAUUCUUAAAGUAAAACUUGUGAUUAGUGUCCUUCAAACUGCAUAUAAUGCUUAGAUUAAAAUACAUGCAGAGAAUGUUCUAAAGGCUCUUUUAUUACUAUUAAUAAUUAGUGUACUAAGACUUGUCCAGAUGAAACAUACUAUCCUGAUCCUAAUAAAAAAAGAUGCAUUAAAUGUAAAGAUCCGCAAUGUUCAAGUUGCUAAUUAGGUGAUGAUAAAUGCUAAAAAUGUAACAAUCCUUUUAAUUUGAUGGUAAAUAUUUGCUAAUCUACAUGUGAUUAAGGAUUUGGACCUGAUGAAAACAGAAUAUGUAGAAAAUGUAGUGAAAUUUACAGUGGAUGCUCAAAAUGUACUUCAGGAUAGUGUAUUGAGUGUAAUAGUUCACAAUAUUUCUUAGAAGGUCAAAACGGAAAAUCUCCAUGCGUUGAUUCUUGCCCCUCAAAUUAUUACUCAAAUUCUAGCAAAGUUUGUAAAAAAUGUGAAAACUUAAAUUGUGAAGUUUGCAGUAGCAGCAAUCCAAAAACUUGUACGAAAUGUAAUUCCAAAUUACCCCUUAUGUAAAAUGGGGAUUGCGUGUAGAGUUGCGAUAUUUCAUAUUAUUAGCAGAAUUCGUCAACAUGUUAAUUGUGUAGUGCGUUAUUUUAAGGGUGUUUUAAAUGCACAUAAUAAAAUUGCUUAUCUUGUACUGAUAAAAGUCAAUAUUUAAUUUAAGAUUAAAAUAAAUGUUCAGCAAGUUGUAAUAUUGAUAAAUACUAUCCCGCAGUGACAGAUAAUUAGAAUCUUUGUUUGAAAUGCCCAAACGCAGUUUGUCUGAAAUGCGAUCCUAAUUCUCCUCAAAAUUGCACCUAGUGUCCAUAAAAUAUGCUUUUGCAAGAAAUUAAUUGCGUUCUCUCUUGUAGUGAAGGGUUUGUAAAGUCCCAGAAUAACGAAUGUCGUAAAUGCUCAGAUGUUUUCCCUAAAUCAAAUUGUGCAAAAUGCACUGCUACUCAAUGCACAGGAUGCUUAGAUGGAUAGUAUUUAUUAAGUGAAUAAUAAACUUGCUAUUCAAAUUGUCCUGAUGGUUACUUCUAAAAUACGAAGUCAAGUUAAUUAGUGUGUUCAUAAUGUCCUCAAAAAUGCUCAUUAUGUGACUCAAUUACUUGCUUUUAAUGUUAGGAGAAAGCAUUUAAACAUGAAAACAAAUGCUUAGACUAAUGUCCAGAAGGAUUUAUUUCUGAUGAUAAAUUCAUUUGUUAGACUUGCUCAAAUAAAUUUCCUAAUUGUUAAAAAUGCACAACGGACAAAUGUACUUAAUGCGCAAAUAACUUUUAUUUGAAUGUAUUAACUUAGAAUUGUGUCAACAAAUGCCCUGAUGGAAUGACUGAAAAUUCUGAUUCUGGGUAUUUAUAAUGCGUUUAGAGUUGCACUGUAAAAGAUUGCGCUAAGUGCGAUCAAAAUUAAAUCUGUUUGAAAUGUGAUAGUAAAUCUUCAAAUCCUCUUUUACAGUCUUAGAUAUGUGUAAAUUCAUGUUCAGCAGGUUUCUAUUAAGGACAAGCAGGCAGUGAAAACGCUUUUAACUGCUUAAAAUGUUCUGAUACAUACUCUAAUUGCGAGUCCUGCGACAGCUAAAAUUGCAUUUAGUGCUCAUCUUCUUAUCCUAUUUACGAUCCAAAUAAAAAAUCCUGCUUGAAUUAAUGUCCUGCAGGCUAUUAUGAAAAUUAAAAAACCUGCAAAAAAUGUUUAAGCCAAAAUUGCUAAAUUUGUGAUUAAUAAAACAGUAAUAAUUGUCUUUAGUGUAUCGAGAAUUCGAAUUUUUCAUUUCUUUCAAACGGCAAAUGUGUUGAUACAUGUCCUAGUGGGUAUGGACCUUAAAAUGGAGUUUGUUAAUAGUGCUCUAAAAUCUACUAAGAGUGUUAAGAUUGCAAUGCUACAGGAUGUAUUUCAUGCAAAAAUAAUCAGAAAUACCUUCAUAAGAAUCUUGGCUGCUUUACCUAGUGUGAAGAAGGAUAUUACAAUGACAGCUCUGGUUCAAUUAGAGAAUGUAAAAAAUGCUAAACAAAUAGUGACUGCAUUAUUUGCCAAGCUUCAAAUCCAACUCGUUGCUAAGUUUGUAAAUUGCCUUUGUUCAAUUAAGUUGGAGUAUGCUAAGAAAAAUGUGAUGAAGGAUAUUUAGUAAAUAAAGUUAGCUACAAAUGUAUGGAAAGAUGCGAUGUAGUUUAUCCAGGAUGCUUAGCAUGCAAUACGAUAGAUUUUUGUACUAAAUGCAUAGAUUCUAAUAAUUAUAUAUAAUCAGACAAAAAUUCUUGCAAACCAACCUGCGAUUUAGGAUCAGUUGGCACUAAAGAUCAAGAAGGAACAAAUGUUUGUUUAUCAUGCUAAGACCCUAACUGCAAUAAAUGCGACCCUGAAAACUAAUUUAAAUGCUUGGAAUGCUCUUCUAGGUACCAAUUAAUAAAAAUUUCUGAAAAUUCAGUGAAAUGUGUUAAAGAUUGUCCAGCAACUCACUUCAAAGAGCAGUAUAAAAACGUUUGCACUCUCUGUUAGAGUAAGUUUAAAAUGUGUGAACAAUGUGAUUCAAAUUAAUGCUAAAAAUGUUAAUUUGAGAAUCAAAUUUUGUUAUCUGAUCAAUCAGCUUGCGUCUUAACUUGUCCGCCAGGGUAAUUUGCUAGCAGCAUGCUAAUAAACGGAAACAAAAGGCUUAUUUGCAAGGCCUGUGAUAACAAAGAUUGUUCUACUUGUGAUCCAAUUAAUCCUUAAAACUGCCUUUCGUGCAGUAAUUCAAGUUAGUAUCUCUCCUCUAAUAAGUGUGUAGAUAAGUGUCCUGCAGAUUAAUAUAUCGACGAAGAAACAAUGUCUUGUUUAAAAACUUGCACGGGAGAUAAAAUACCUAAUUUAAAAAGCAAAAAAUGUGAGAUUUGCAAAGAUAUUGUUUUCAAUGGAACUUGUGUUAAUGAAUGUCCAAAAGGGCUUCUUGCUUAAAAUAAGUCCUGUGUCAGUUGUGAUAAAGCAUUUAAUAUUUAUUGCAUAGAAUGUUCAACUAACUCUUCAGGUGUAUAAACUUGUGAUAAGUGUUCUUAAAAGAAAUUGUUAUUUAAUAACACCUGUGUAGAUAGUUGUCCUGAUGGGUAUAUAGCUAAUUCUUAAAACAUGAUUUGUGAAUAAAUAAAAGAUUGUGAGAAAGGCACUUAUUUAGAUAAAAACGCUAAUUAAUGCUUGAAAUGUAAACAAAAUUGUUAAGAAUGUUCAGAUUCUUAGACUUGCAAGAAUUGUCAAGAUGGAUUUGUUUUAGUUAAAGAGAGUCAAGAGUGUGCUGUGUAAUGUCCGAAUGAUAAUUAUUAAGAAGAUUAAGUCUGCUUAAAAUGCCCAAGCAACUGUUUGAGUUGUACUUAAAAAGAUUAAUGCACAUAAUGCUAAAAAUAAUUCUUUUUCUAAGAAGGAUUGUGUGUUGAUUAGUGUAAGAACAAAUUUGUCAAAUUAGAAGAUCGCUGUGUUGAGAGUUGCCCAAAAGAAUACUCAUUGGAUAAAGAUUUAAAUUAAUGUAUGAAAUGUCCUAAAAAUUGCUCUGAAUGCAAUCAAAAGCUUGAAUGCUAGAAAUGCAAAGAUAAUUAUUUGUUAUAACAAUAUUUAUGUGUAGAAUAAUGCUCUUAUGGUUAUUAAGAAAAUAAAUAAGAUAAAACAUGUGAGCAAAUUAUAAAAUGCCCAUCAGGAAAAUUUUUAGAUUAAGAUAGUAAAGAAUGCUAAUCUUGUAGUGUUAACUGUUUGGAGUGUUUCAAUUAAACCUAAUGUAUUACAUGUGAAGAUGGAUUUUACUUUGUAAAAAGUACUUAAUAAUGCUCAAAACCAUGCCCUGAAAAUACAUAUGUUUAAAAUUAAUAAUGCAUCAAUUGUCCAUAAAAUUGCUAAAAUUGUAAAGAUUCUGAUUUUUGUGAUUCCUGCUAAAACUCCUUUUUUAAAUAUAAAGGAAAAUGCUUUGAUAAAUGUGAAAAGCCACUUAAGCAGCUAAAUAAUGAAUGUGUUGAAGAAUGUCCUGAUGGAUAUUCUUAUGACAUUGAUUCUAAUUUAUGCUACAAAUGCCCAGAAAAUUGUAAAGAUUGUAACAUAAAUCUUGAUUGCUUAAAAUGUAAAAUUGACUUCUUACUUUAAUCAAAAACAUGUGUAAAAGAAUGUUCCAAAGGGUAUAAGGAGAAUAAGUAACUUUAAACGUGUGAAGAAGUUAUUGAUUGUCCUAAAGGAACAUUUUUAGAUGAAAAAACAAACUCUUGCUUAAAAUGUAUUCCUAAUUGUGAAGAGUGCAAGGAUAAUUCUCAAUGUCUUAUUUGUAAAUAAAGAUUUUUCCUAAUCAAAAGCACUUCAUAAUGUUCUGAUAGUUGCCCAGAAAAAACUUACAUUUAUGGAAAUUUGUGUUUAAAUUGCCCAGAAAAUUGCUUAUUUUGUAAGAAUAAAGACAUGUGCGAUAAAUGCCUUGAAGGAUAUUUUGCAUUCAAAGGAAAUUGUUUAGAUAAAUGUGAAAACCCUUUAAUAUAAUUUAAUAACGAGUGUAUUGAGCGUUGUCCUGAAGGAUAUUCAAAGGAUAAUGAUUCUAAUUCAUGCAUUAAAUGCCAAGAAAACUGCAUUGAAUGUAACAAAAACCUUGAAUGUACCAAAUGCAAAAAUGAUCUCUUACUCGAAUCAAAUGUAUGUGUUAAAGAAUGCUCAUAAGGAUAUAAGGAGAAUAAAUAACAAUAAAAAUGUGAAAAAAUCACUUCUUGUCCUAAAGGAACAUUUUUAGAUGAAAAAACAAAUACUUGCUCAAAUUGUGGUUCUAAUUGUGAAGAAUGUAAAGACGAAUCUCAAUGUGUAUCUUGUUAAUAAGAAUUUUUGUUAAUCAAAAGUACUUCAUAAUGUUCUGAUAGUUGCCCAGAAAAAACAUACAGUGAUGGGAAAUUGUGUUUAAAUUGCCCAUAAAAUUGCUUAGAUUGUAAGGAUAAAGGUAUUUGUAAUAAAUGCUAAUAAGGAUAUUUUGCAUUCAAAGGAAAUUGUUUGGAUAAAUGCGAAAAACCAUUAAUACAAUUUAAUAGUGAAUGUGUUGAUAUUUGUCCUCAAGGAUAUUCAAAAGAUAAUGAUUCCAAUACAUGCAUCAAAUGCUAAGAAAACUGUACUGAGUGUAACAAAAACCUUGAAUGCUUCAAAUGCAAAAACGAUCUCUUACUAUAGUAAAAAGCUUGUGUAACUGAAUGCUCAAAAGGAUAUAAAGAAAAUAAAUAAAAUCAUGAAUGCGAGUAAAUAACGGAUUGUCCUUUAGGUAAUUAUUUAGACUAAAACACCAAAAUUUGUCAGAAAUGUAGUACUAACUGCUAAGAUUGCUUUGAAUCACCUACCACUUGUACAUCUUGCAAGAAUCUAUUUUUAAUGAUUAAGGACUCCUAAAUAUGUGUUGAUAAAUGUCCAAAAAAUAUGUAUCAAAGUGGAAAACUUUGCUUAAAAUGUCCUGAAAACUGCAAAGAUUGUGAUUUAUUUGGAAAUUGUUAAAAUUGCGAAGAAGGUCAUUAUCAAUAUUAAGGUAAAUGCCUUGAUUAAUGCAAGACACCUUUGAUUGUUAAAGGUUAAAGCUGUGUAGAAAAAUGCCCUGAAGGUUUUUCGCACAACAUAUAAAAAAAUGAAUGCAUUGAAUGUAAAUAAAAUUGCUUAGAUUGUGAUUAAAAUUCUUUAUGCACAAGAUGUAAAUAGGAUUAUUUAAUUUAAUAAGGCCUUUGUGUUCCUAAUUGCGAAAAAGGGUAUUUUAAGUAAGGUAAUAAUUGUUAGAAAUGUAGCUCUAAUUGCUUAAGUUGUGAUAUUUCAGAAGAUUCAUGUAUUGAAUGCAAUACAAGUUAAGGUAUUUAUAAAGUUGGCAAAGAAUGUAAACAUUGCUAUGGAAUUCAAGGUGUGGAAUACUCUGAGAAAUCAAAGCAAUGUGUAGAAUUAUGUGGUAAGGGAUUUGUUAUAAAACCAGAUAUUUUAAAGAAAUACUAAAUAUCUUCUAAAAUCUAAUGUGAUUUAGGUGAUUCUGAAAGCAAAAAUGGAUGCACUGAACAAUGCAUAAUAAAAUAAGGCUAUGAGUGCAAGAAAUACUUUGAAGAUUAAUUUAUAUUGAAACAAACAUGUAAAAUAAAAUCAGAUGGACCUUCUCCUCAACUAAAUUUAGUAGAAAUCUAAAAAGCUGAUGAUGGUUAUUAAAUAAUUUGCUAAGUUUAAUUUGAUAGACAUGUUAAAGUUUCGAACUACUCAGAGUGGAGACUUCAAAUGUAAAAUAAGUUAGGAUAGGAUCUUCAAUUUAAUUACAAGAUUUCUCCUUUAUACAACUAAACUGAUUAAUUGUUAAAACAUAAAUUUAACAUCUUUAUAAAAAUGCAAGAAAACUUUUAGAAUUCAACUUUAACUUUGCAUUUCCCAAACGAAGAUUCUGUGAAGGACAUUAAUGAACAAAGCUUAAUAAAAUUAUAAGCUAAUUUAGAAUUAUAAUUAAAUGAAAACUAUAAAGAUGAUUAUUUAGAAGAUGAAAUGAAGAAAAAUAAAAAAUAAUAAAGCACUAUUUCUAUUUCUCUUGGUUCUAUCUCAUUAAGCUGCACUCUUUUGAUGAUUUUUAUAACUAAGUUUUAUGAUUUUGUUAGCAUUUUCGAUAUCCUGUAAGUUAUAAACUACUUAAUUUACCUAAAUGUCAAUAUACCUAAUUUAGCAUACCAAACAAUGAGAGUUUUUGAUUUUGCCAAUUUUGAAAUAAUUCCAAAUAAACACAAGUCUGAAUCAAGUGCUCCAGUUCAAUUCUAAAUUGAAAAUUAUGACACAUUUUUCUUUUCAAACAUGAUACAAGUUGCUGCUAUUUGGGGUUUCAGCAUCUUCAUAUAUUUGAUCUCUAAAUUAAUUGUCAAGUAUGUUAGAAUCUAAUUCCUUCAAUUUAUAUUUAGACCUUAUGAAAGAAAAUUUAAAUAUUUCAUCAUAGUUGGAAUAGCAUUUUUAACUAGUCAUGACAUAAUACUAGCUUCUCUUUUGCAGCUAUAUGAAACAAACUUAACUAAUAUCUAGAUACUUGGUGUUAUUUUUUCUGUAGCAAGCUUGCUAUUUAUAUCAGGUCUCAUUAUUCUAUCAACUUAAUCACACCACUUGACAAGAUAUCCUUCAUUACAAAUGAGUGAUUAAAACUCUUAAAAGCAUUCAUUUUUGCUGUAAAACCUAAAACCUCAUAAAAGCAUUUACAAUACUUUUCUGAUAGCGAGAAAAAUAGUGUUUAUUAUAUCUUUGAUAUACUUCAGAUCUCCUAUUUAACAAUGCAUGAUCAUACAUUUCAUAUUUGGAUUAGAGUUGAUAGUACUCGUUUAAUUCUAACCAUUUACCUUAAAAACAGAUAACAAUAUUCAAGUUAUAUGCAAAGGAUUGCUAAUAUUUUCAAUUACUAUAAUUACAUUCAUAGCUUACUAAAGUUAAGUUAACACAGAAAUAAAUGAAAAUCUUAAUGCCAUACUAGGAGUAGCUCUCUCAGUGAUAUUUACAAUUAUUUUCCUCAUACAAUUUUUAAGUGUAGUCAUCAAAGCUAUAAUCAAGUUCAGAUCUAAUACUUUCAGCUAAAAGUUUAUUAAUAAAAUAUGA